AUGAUUACGACGAAAUUGCAACAAUUCGGGCUGAUCGACUGGUCGGGUCAUCGCAGUCCACUCGCUUCAUCAACGUCGCGCGAUAUGAUAUUGUCAGUAUUGUUAUCAGCCCUGAUAAUCAGAUCAUUCGCUCAGAAUGAAAUCGAUUUCGACAAUCCUGGCCCGCUGGAAAAAGGGUAUCUUUUCCGCUUCUCGCCCAUUUUGCCUGUUGGUUCUGCUCGACGGCAUGUGUUCUGGGAAAGGGAACAGAUGCAUGAAUGUGGAGAUGGGCUGGGUAACUGCGGUACAGCUGGCUCGAACUGGAAACCAUGCAUAGAAAGAAAAGUUGCUGAUCAGGUGUUUGGCUCGUGCUGUGAACGAUUUGUUCCACCUGAAUGCCGUGGCUUGUGCAUCUAUGAAACGAAUGCAAUCGAAGCAAGAGUCGUUGUGAGUAUACGAAUCUAA